UCACUUGUGAAACCUCGUCGUUUACACCCGUGUUCGGUUAAAAUACAUAAAAGAAAAUGUUGUCCGUAAAAUAUUUUAUUGUUGUUGUUGUUUUACAGUACGUUUCUCACACAACGUAUUGUCAACCAAGUAUAAAGUUCUUCCGUAAAGACUAUAAAUAUUUAGAAGACGUGAAAUCUUUUUAUAAAAUACAUACGCUGCAUAGAACAUGGGAGGAUGCUAAAGACAAGUGUAACAUGGAAGGAGCAACACUUUUCUAUCCUGAUGACGAUGAUGAAGUGAAUGCUAUUCUCAAGUUUUGGAACGAAACGCAACCCUUUGCCUGGGUAUUCGUGGGAAUAUCAACACCCAAUGUCAAACAAGUCUUUGAAACAGUUGAUGGUGUACCAAUAACCGAAGUAUACGACAGAUGGGGCCCAGGAGAGCCUAAUGAUGCUGGGGGUGAGGAAGGUUGUGUGAUACUGCGAAGGGAUGGUACCCUUAAUGACGACAAAUGCGAAAAAAAAUUUCCAUUCAUUUGCAAGAAAACACUAAGCUCGUUAGAAUGGAACAUGUUGUGCGACAUUCCUAACAUGGAAUACCAAUAUGUCCAGAAACUAGGUAGAUGUUACAAAUUCCACACGACGCCAAUGAAUUGGUCGGAUGCCUAUACGGUUUGCAACACGGAGCAAUCAUAUUUAGCCGUCAUCAACUCUCAAGACGAAGCUGAUUUCCUAGUAAACUUGACAAAUAACACACCCAAAGAUAAUGUUGAAGGAAACUUUUUAAGAGGUGCUGUCCAUUUAGGAUUUCAGUUUAAGAAAAAUAGAUGGCAGACUAUAAUUAGAAAUAUGCCAUUGUCAGAGAGCGGAUACACUAAGUGGGGAGGGGGCCAGCCUGAUGGAAAAGGCGCAGAGAAAUGUGGUUCUAUGUUUUACAACGGACAGCUGAAUGAUAUACGUUGUGAUAUAAAUUUAUUCUUUAUCUGCGAACACGAAAUAGAUUUACUACGUAACGGUCAAAUUCUAAGGUUUGGAGAAGUGUUCACAACUGCGAAACCGCAUGUGGGGAUGUAAAAUAAAUAUUCCUCUGCCUGACUUCAUUAUAGAGUCCUAAGUAGAAUAAUCAAUCAUAUAGUACUUUUAUUCAUUCAUAUAACACGACACGUCAUAUUGCAAUCUCCUGACCAUAAAUUGUAAUAACCGAAUAAUACCAUCAAAAUUACCAUAGCAGCUUUAUUUGGGAAAGGAAAACUUAACCUUUACCAAAAUAAUUCAAAAGCUUAAAAUAUCUUUACUAUAGUCUUAAUUCAUUUAUAAGUAAUAAAAAAAACUUUAAUCUAACAAUGGAUAAUUUUCGUAACUUUAUAUCCAUAUAAUCAUUGUUUAUUUAAUAACACAGUGUAACUUCAUUAACACAGCAAGUAUGUAUUUGUAAUGGCUGUGUUGUGUUGUCAUUGUCAGCUAUGCAUUCUGGGCUUAUUAUUUGUGGUCAAUAUGAGCUUAAUUUCAGUACGAAUAACAGUUAAUUUAACAUACCUCACAAUUUAAUGUAAGUGAAUCUGAGACUUCAGAAAUUCGAAUCUUAAAUAAGUCGACCCAAGCGGUUAAUUUGCAUUUAUGGUGAAUUUUUUAGCCUAUAAUUUUUAAGCAGCUGAAGCAAAUGUAUUAGAAAGAACAUUUAGACAAAACAAAUAAGCCUUACUUAUUAGUUUAGAUUUUAGAACAAUUUUUGAGAUUUUAUUUAUAAUUACAAUAAAAUAGACAGUCUGAACGAUGAUUCGCUUAUUACAUUGCAACAAUGUAAUCACGACAUAGUCUAAAACAAAGUCACAUCCCGCUAUUUGUAUGCUUAGAUUUUCAAAACCACGCAUCGGAUUUUGAUAGGGUUUUUCUGUGUCGUAUACUGUUAAAGUCCAAAGCUAAUACGUAUUUAGCUCCAAUCAUAUAAAUGUCGAUACAUAUAUACUACCUGUGGUGCGUAACAAGCACGUUAUUUAUUUAUUUUUUGUUAUCUGCACUGUAAGAAUUUAGAUGACCUUCAUAACUUAAUCAUACUUCAUACUGAGCUUUAGUAUUCGAAUCCGCAAAGUGAGUCCACAGACGCCAAGAUGAGUUGAUUUAUUUAAUUUAUUCAUCUUACAUACUUUACGAUUGAUAUUAAAAUAAAAGGAAAUAGUUUAAAAACUUUUAACCUUAGAUUUUCAUCUAAAUAGAGCCCAUGCAUUACUAAUAUGUGUAUGCGUAUUUAUUAUAUAGAUUAUGAUACAUUAUUGAUUGUAUUUUGUGGCUUAUAAACUCCAUUAUGCAAUAGUUUCUAUAACUUAUGAUUAUGAAUACCUAUUCAUAAUCAUAAGUUAUAAAAACUAUAAUAUACAGAUCAUCAGACAUUAACCUCAGACUUUCAUAUAUCAUCAUCAAUCGUAGUUGAAUAAAAUAUAAUCGUUAUACUUAUAUCAUAUUUUUAAAUGAAAAGGACACAUGU